GGUGCUAUUAAAAUCCCAACUGUUUCCGUAUCUCCAGAGGACUUGAAUACAACUGCCAUGGCAGAAUUUGGGAAUUACAUUCGGGAAGUCUUCCCGGCUGUAUUUUCUUCAAAGUUCAUUCAACAUGAAAUUGUUGGGAAAUACAGCCAUCUCUUUACUGUUCAGGGUUCUAACCCUGAAAUGAUGCCCUAUAUGCUGCUUGCACACAUGGAUGUUGUGCCUGCUCCCCCAGAGGGCUGGGAUUUCCCUCCUUUCUCAGCUGCAGAGCAUGAAGGUUUCAUCUAUGGACGAGGAACGCUGGAUAACAAAAACUCUGCCAUAGGUAUUCUGCAAGCUCUAGAAUUUUUGCUGAGAAGAAAUUACAGACCCCACAGAUCUUUCUAUGUUGGCAUUGGACAUGAUGAAGAGGUGCUUGGUCAGAAGGGAGCAAUGAAGAUUGCAGCUCUGUUGGAAGCUAGAGGAGUGAAACUUUCCUUCUUACUAGAUGAGGGAAGCGCAAUACUAGAUGGCAUCAUUGCGGGAGUGAAGAAGCCAGUAGCUGUAAUUGCUAUCACAGAAAAGGGUUCAAUAACACUGAACUUCACUGUGGAAAAAGAGCCAGGACAUUCAUCCUUUCCUCCUAAGGAGACAAGUAUUGGCAUUCUUGCAGCUGCAAUGUCCAGACUGGAGCAGAAUCCCUUGCGCAAUCUGUUUGGCCAUGGGCCAGAACUCAUGACUAUGGAGCACCUUGCAUCAGAGUUCACGUUUCCUCUCAGUCUCAUCAUGAGCAACCUAUGGCUGUUUUCACCUGUUGUCAGCAGAGUUCUUGCCUGGAAACCUUCCACCAAUGCCUUGAUUCGAACUACUACAGCAGUCACGAUGUUUAAUGCGGGAAUCAAGAUAAAUGUCAUCCCAUCUUCUGCAAAAGCAACAGUGAACUUCCGGAUCCACUCUGCAGAGAAGGCCACUGAGGUGCUAGAGAUGGUUAAAAACACUGUUGCUGAUGACAGAGUGAAGAUCGAUGUAGUAGAGGCUUUUGACCCACUCCCCAUCAGUCCUUGGGAUGACCAGACAUUUGGAGUCCAUAUUCUUCAAAGAACCAUCCUGGAUACUUUCCCAGAUGUUGACAGCGUAGUCCCAGGCACAUGUAUUGGAAACACAGACAGCAGGCAUUUCACUAACGUCACAAAUGCCAUUUAUCGAUUUAACCCACUGCUCUUGAAAUCAGAUGAUCUUCCCAGGAUCCAUGGGUUGAAUGAGAGAAUCUCAGUUGAGAAUUACGAGAAACAGAUCAAGUUCCUCUUUCAGCUGAUUAAGAACUGUGACAUUGACAAGCUUCCGGAGCCUCAUGCAAACUCCCACGAGCUGUGAGAAAUACACCUGAGAAGAGCAGCUCCUAAGGUGGACUCUGGGAUGGCAGGGGUCUGGGCCAUGGGAUGCAGUUGUGUGUUGCGUAUUGAGCUAUGUCUGGAAUUUGUUUUUUGCGUAUUGUGGUUUACAAACAGAUGUAAACACUGCUGGUUGCUGCUUUAGGCAAAUGUACAGUUUGCCAGAAAGUGAUAAGAACCUGGACAAAACACAACAAAUAACCCUGAUUUUUGGUUCCCCCCUGGUCUGACAUGCAGCCAUUAAUCUGAUGGUAUUAAUUUUUUCAGCGCUUUCUUUAAGCCUCUGAAAUUGGUAGUCAUUUAAAAAUCUAAGCUAUAAUCAGCAGUCACUCACCUAUCAGUAAAAGAGGUGAAUCUUCUAUGUGUGCUUUUGACAAACUCGUUUUAUACAGUUAAUUGGUUUUUCACAAAUGAUGUGUCUGUCAAAAGCUCACAUGAAAGGUUUGUGACAUGGUGUAGGUUUCAUGUAAUUGGUAGAGUUACACUAUAAGAGUUUGUUGCACUGCUGCUGGGUAUGGGCUUCUUCCCCAGGUGAUGCUCUCGACCAGCAUCAACGGUGCUCUCAACCACCAGUGUCAGUGUUAACUUGAUACUGCUAAGUUCUCCCAUGCGUGCACUGGUUUCUGACUCUGUUUUAAAAUACUGAGCUCCAGAGGUCCUAGCUAUGUUGCUUUAACUGGUGUUGCCCUGAUCUCAGAGAUGCUGAAAAGAGGUUUCUUCCUCUUUUCAGUGAUUUUUGUUUUUUUUCUCUCUCACUCUUUGGCAUGGCCCAGGUAUGUUGUGCAGCUGGGUGUCAGAAUAAGGAAUUGCAGCUUUAAAUAAGAAACUAAAUCAGUGUUGUCUGCUCGUGUAUAUGCUCUUUUCACUGAAUCAGUUUCUGUUGUGUGUGUUUCUCUUUUGUUCCUCUGAGAACUUGAUUGUGAAAGGUGGUGAAACCCUUCAGUUUCUUCCAGUUCAGUGCGAGCAGAAAGUCUUUGUUCCUGAUGGCGAAGCCCUUCAGUUUCUUCCAGUUCAGUGGGAGCAGAAAGUCUUUGUUCCUUCACUGCCUGUGCAAGCAGUUUUCACUUUACUGCAGCACUUCUGUUGACUCAGCUCUUUGGGAAUCGUAGUGUAGACAGGCCAUUGAUGUUGACCCUGUUUAAUCCUGCACUUCUUGCACUAGCAUGCCUAUCUCUGUUAGCACUAAAGGGUUAAGCAUUCUUUUGGCCUUGAUAGUCUCUUUAGUUGGGGUUACCGUUAUUAAUUAAACAAAGAAAGAAUUAAGAACCAGAUGUUAGCCAAAGUAAAGACUGGGUGAAAGCUGCUUUGUUGUACUGACAUGCAGACUCUGUGCUGUAGGUACUAGUACAACUCCUCCUGUUGCACUGUUGCAGAGAUGUGUGUGUCUGUCUUUCAGAACUUGAAUUAUACACUGGAAUGGGUGGUUGUUCUGCUCUAAAUUCAUAUUGUAAAAUGUACUGGAAUGUACAGGAAAUACCCUGAAACGUAUCCUGAAAAACAGUGAUGGAACUGUGAUUCCUAUUCUUUCCGUUCACCAUUCUCUAUUUGCAGUCUGAUCUUAUCAGUCUGGCCAAUGGGCUAAAACCGUAUCAAUCUACUAAAUAAUUGAAACCAGAUCAGCAUUUUCAUCUAAUAAAACAAGGAAUGCAG